AGUUCGCCGGCGAACAGUUCGCGACAUCUCUAAUAGUAGCUUGUGUAACCAUGUGUGCAAGAUUAAACAAAGAAUAUGUUAAUUCCAGGGCUUCCUUGCAUCUGUACACCUUGCACUUUGCAACUUACUAAGAAAAGCAGAUACAACUGACCAUUGUGUGCAAGGAGCAAUUAUAGAGGAGCACAGACUGUUGCAAGUACCUUUGAGAAUGGGACCUCAAAGCAAAUAGUCUAUAAUACACAGUAGGAGUCUAUAACAGAGGUGUCAAAAUGCAUUAACUCUUAACAACCAGAUAGAGAUGUAAGAAAUAUGUAAAGAUAUCCAUAGUAUAGGAUAUGAAUGUUACAGUGGUUCCGAAAAUUAGUUAUUGUGUGGUCAGCAGAACUUUCAAAAGGUUAUUUUUGUAUGUGAACAGAUACGUCUGCAAAAUUCACUUCCCCUAUAAUUAAUUAUGGGAUGAUAAAAAAUACAGAAGCAGUGGAGAAGCUUCUGGCACGACACAGAACAACACAAUAAGUUCAGAACUACAUUCCCUUAUAUUGGGCUAUAUACUUAAAUCUGCUCUGUCUGAAUAAGCAAAGAUGAGGCUGUGAAAUGAAAUAAUAUGAAGAACAAGUUAAUCGAAGGAACAAUAUGAAAACCUGGGCGCAUCUUUCUUUGGGAUUUGGCUGGGGGGGCUACAGGAUAUUAUCGAUGACAUCCAGAGUUGAAUUGGUACUGUGAUUAAAAGUAGAACUUCCAGUGGACAGCAGAACAGCUUGAAAAGAAUUGCUAUGGAUAGUGAUACUCUGGCUAAAGUAGCUGUAAGAAAUUACAUUUUAUGUUCACUUUUAGUUUAAGUAGGAAGACCAGCUAAGAGGAAGGCUGCAAUCAUUUCAGCCAUUAAGCUCAUCUUUCAAGUGUAUUCUUCAUGAUAUGAUUUUAGGAAGAUCAAGUGGACCAUGGAUUUGUGUCUCAAACGAGAGCAUUGGAAGAACAGCCACCAUUUAAUAGUCUGCAUUCUUUUUUUCCUGCCAUCUGUUAUUUUAGGGUGGACUGUAAAAAAAUGCAGUGUUGCAGAUAGAUCUAUGCGCCUUCAUGAUCGAAUUUUUCCUAAUAACUGUGCUUUGUAUAAAAACGCAACUUCCCUGGCCUUGUGUGCUAAUGUUACAAAUAUAACUGCUGACAUAUCAGAUGUUCCCUCAACAAUUGAAAUCUUCUGUCUUUCUGGCAGCAACAAGUUCAUUCAAGGUGGCACCUUUGCUAAUUUUAAAAGAGUCAUAAACUUGUUGAUUAAGAUGCCUUUGGUGAAAAUUUACCCAGAUGCCUUCAAAGGACUGGAUAAUCUGGAAUCUCUCUCAAUCUCAUUUCUUGGUCGUUUAAUGUGCAAUAAUCUCUCUUUACCCACGGAUGUCUUUAGCAAUUUAAACUCUUUGAAAAAUCUCAACAUAGAAGGAUUUAAACUGGUCAAAAGCAUGAGACUCCAUCUGCCUUCUUUUACAUUUCUCUAUUCCCUUUCACUUCCUGCAAACUGCAUCACUGACUUGUUUCAUGUGUUUCAUAUCUUCCAAAACGUCGUCUCUAUACAUAACUUAGAUGUGGGUUCUAACAAAAUCGAGAGUGUCAAUAUUCAGCACAAACAAAAUAUAAGUCUGCCAAACAUAACAAUGCUUGUAUUGGAGAAAAAUCCCUUAGCUGUCAUCCAGCGAAAAGCCUUAGCAAGAUUUUGUAUCCGUCUUUUGAAUCUUGAUUCUACAAAGUUACAUUUGGAAGACAUCUUGAACUCUGGAAUAGAGAAAUUAGAAAGUUUGAGCCUUAUGUCUGCCUGUGGGAGUGCAAUUAACAAAACACAUAUGUUGUGCUCAAUAGCGGAUAGAUUUCAGCUCAAAUCACUCAUUGCACAAAAUAACAAAUUUUCAGAAAUCCACACAAAAGAUCUUUUAGGUUGCUCUUCUCUUCAAUUCCUUAACUUAAACCAUAAUCAUAUACAUAUUGUAGACCCUGAGUUACUCUACAUAUUGCCAAAGUUAAAACAACUAUAUUUGUCUUAUAGCCAUCUUCCUAUGAAUCUAUGCCCAUUAUCUUAUCAAAAUAAUUUUACAUCAAGUCUAGAAGUGCUGUAUUUCAAUGGCAACAAUAUCUCUGUAUUAAAAAACAGACAAUUCUUUUGCAUGACUAAACUUACAGAUUUAAUUCUAGCUACAAAUGGCAUAGAACACAUUGAAGAAUCAGCGUUUUGGGGGCUGAAUGAUUUGCAAGUAUUAGAUCUAAGAAACAACAAACUUACCUCUUUGCAAAUUAGCUCUUUAUCAGGGCUUUCUAACUUAAGGGAACUCUAUAUACAAAACAAUGAUAUGGAAGAUAGCCAAAGAUUCUCUUUAAAAAGGCAAACCAAACUCCGCCUUGUGAAAAUUGGCUUUGUGUCUGUUGCUGUUAGUUUUGAAUUGUUUUCAAGCAUAGAGACAUUAGACAUCCAGACAACUGGUAAAUAUAUAGCUGUGACUAUGAAUGACACUGCAGCUUCCUCUUUGAAAUCACUGAGAGUGAAUGCAAGUCUUGUUGAAUUAUCUAUUAAGUGUGGCCAUCCAUUUUUUUCCACCUUAAGAGAACUAAAAGUAAUCAACACUAAUGAAUUCAUUUCAUGCUCCCAUCAUGUUCCCCCACUGCAGCACUUUAACAAUCUGGAGAAUCUACAAUAUCGCUUUAACAAACCUUUGACUAGAAAUGUAAAUUUUUCAAAUAUUCCUCAUUUGAGAAGUCUAGAAGUAGAAAACCUUGCAACAGCUCUUUACCCAAAUGAACCUCCUAAUGAUCUCUUCCAUAAUCUUCAUAAACUGGAGAUUCUCAAACUUUUAAAUUGUGGCUUUAAAUACAUCACUGUUGGGUUUCUCAAGGACAUGAGAUCCCUCAAAGUUCUUGUGCUGAAGAAUGAAAUGAUUCUGGUAGUGGACCCAGGAUUACAGAAUAUACUGAGUCCAGUUCAAUUUGUCUAUUUUUAUGAUGUGACAUUUCAAUGCGACUGUGAAAAUUCUUGGUUUGUUACCUGGGCACUGAAAGACAAACACACGUUUGUAUCAGGGAUCUGUUCUUUAUUUUGCCUUAAGCUUAAUAAGAAGUAUAACCUGGUGGAUUUCGAUGAAAGGAGCUGCAGACUGGAAAUGGGGUUCAUGUUAUUUAUAUUCACAUUUACUUCACUGGUUCUGUUUAUUGUACUAACUUUGCUCUACAAUAUUUUUAAUUCAGAUAUCAUUCAACUUUUUUACGUGUUUCAAAUUUGGCUAAAGAAGCUUAGGGGUAAAACAAACAACCCCACUGCAUAUGAAUACGAUGCCUUUGUUUCUUACUGCAGCAGGGAUCAAGGCUGGGUUGUAAAGUACCUUGUCCCUAAUUUAGAAGAAAAAGGUAGAAAUACUAUAAAACUGUGUUUGCACAACAGGGAUUUUCUGGUUGGAAAAGAUAUUGUGGAUAACAUAAUGGACAGUAUCUACAAGAGUAGGAAAACCGUCUGCUUAAUUAGUUAUAAUUACUUACAAAGUGACUGGUGCUCUUUAGAAAUGAGGAUGGCCACCUAUAAGUUACUGGCCGAGAAAAACGAUGAUCUGAUUUUAAUUUUUUUGGAAAACAUUUCUGGUUAUCAUUUGUCGGCAUAUCACAGAUUAGCCAGGAUCGUGAGAAAGAAAACGUACAUAGACUGGCCUCAAGAAGAAACCGAGCAAGCUGAAUUCUGGGAGAGGCUGAGAAUGACAGUUCUGGAGACUAUGGAAAACUAAGUGAACUGUAUGGGGAACUGUUGUCUUAAAUUAUAUGCCUAGAUAACUGCUCUAUGUCCUGCUGAGCCAGAAUAUUUUUAUCAAUGUUGCUCAUGUUUUUUGCGCUAACAAAACAUAUUACAUUCCCCCUUAAUCAGAUACUGACAUUAAUGCUGUUUUUUUACAUUCAUCAUGAUAUUGUCUUUCCAUGCUAUUUAAAAUUUUGCAAUAAAAGUUUUUUCCCAGUGCUUUUACAUUA